GUCGGUUCAUAGUCACCAAGAAGCAGGACAGACUGAGCUGUUGCAAGAGAAAAUGAAUGGCUUAGCCAAUGAAUCUGACAAAGAAAAUGAUAAAGAUAGCAUGUUCUGCUUUAUUUCCUGAUUAUUUGGCCCUUUUUUGUUUUACUCCUACUGCACAUAUAUAGUGCACUUACUCACAUUUUUAAAUAAAUUCCAUUCUUCUCUGCAUUUCUCCUCUUUUUUAGUUUUCUAGUUGUCAAAUACACCCGGCAAUCUAUAUUACAAAUGUGUUGGUUCCUUGACAAAUUGGAUUUGUUCCUCUUUUAUGAGUCACUUCAGAUAAAAGCAUGUUCUAAAUGUAACUGUACAUGUCAGAAAAAACAGCAGAAUUAAAAUCUGACAAGGUCAUGCUGGUUUGACUUCCUCCUACUAUCAGUUACCAAAAACAUUGAAGCUUGAUGCAUUUUCAAGGGUACGAGGACAUAGCAGGGGAGUGGUCGUGUCCCAGUGGAACAUAACAAUGCCACAUUGAUCAAAAGCAUUGAUUUCCUGCUGUUUCAUUACGAUCGGUGUCCAUACUGCAGAAAUGUACAGCUGGAGUAAGAUGUACACGCUCCCUCAGCCAGGAUAGAAGUUUGUGUAUGCAGCACAAGCCCACACAAUCAGCUGUUUCUUAUGGGACGCUGAGAUCUCUGGGAUUCGGAUGCAUUUCAGACUGCACAAAAGCUACGCGUGGCUCAUAUAAAUCACAAAUGGAGAAAUCUGAGACGUGUUUGAGUGGGCUGACCUCUAGAUGGCUGUGCGGCUGUCAGCACAUAUGCAAACCUCUGUAUACUAAGGGAUUUGGCAGUAGAGAGGUACUGCGGCAGCUCAGGGCUCAGCAGGCAUGGAGCCUCUCAGCCUGCAGGUGCUGGUGGUUGUAACAGGGAGCUUCCUGGGCUUCCAGUGGCUGUUCCACAGAGGUAGCCCUUGGUUGUCUGAGAAGCUCUGCAAAGGCUUCCUGAGACUCAGACAUACACAAAGGACAGAGUGGAACUCCAGGGCUGUCUCAACAGUACAUGCCUUGGUUGUGGGACUUUUCUGUCUCUAUAUAUAUAUCUAUGAUGAACCUAUCCAGAAAGACCCAGUCUGGGGAGAUGCCACACUGGUGAAGCUAAAUGUGGCCAUUACCUCAGGCUAUCUUAUAUCAGAUCUCUUGCUCAUGUUUACUUCAUGGGAGUCAAUUGGAGAUAAAUAUUUUGUCAUACACCAUUUUGCUGCUCUCUAUGCAUACUACUAUGUGCUGAGUCAAGGAAUAUUGCCUUACUUUGCUAAUUUCCGCCUGCUUUCAGAAUUCUCCACUCCCUUUGUGAACCAGCGUUGGUUUUUUCACAUGUUGGGCUACCACAAACUUUCCAAACCGAGUCUGGCUAAUGGUGUCGCCAUGACUUUUACAUUCUUCUUGGUGAGGAUCGCAGUCAUUCCAGGCUACUACAGCCAUAUGUACUUGGUCUUUGGUACGGAUGACUUCUACCGGUUACCUUUGGGGGGCCGCAGUGCCUGGGUUAUUUCCAGUGUGUCUUUGGAUGUCAUGAACAUCAUGUGGAUGCACAGAAUCAUCCGUGGAUGUCUCAAAGUCCUUCGCUCGGCCUGGUUGAGAAAAGCAGGAACUGAGAUGGAAACUAAAAAGACAGACUGACAUGGAGAUACAGACAGCAAAUGAACACAUCAGAACACAAACCUUCCAUCUCGUUUCGUGUCCAACCUGUUGCUGGAGUUUAAAUGCCAUAUGUGUUUUGUUCUUCCUGCUGCUGUAAUGCUGUGGCAUCAUAAUUGUGAGUUUUAAACUGAAAUCAAGAGCUUGGAAAAUGAUUUAUUGUAUUAAUAUUGACUUACAUGAUGUCAUCUUAAAAUAUGGGCUCAACAAGAGGAAUUCAAUCACAGGCGCUCCUUUAAGUUUUAAGAAAUCAGGUGAUUAUGAGACCGAUCACAUGUACAAUCGUCCCAAACAAUUGUGGUUGCACUAUUUAUUAUGAAGCUGCUAUUAAAAUCAACCAACUUAACUUUAUGAAUGCAAUUAACAAAGCAACAGCACAUCUGAACUUCCACAACAAUACACAGUGUGUGCCUGUAGACCAUGAUAAACUAAUUUUUGACUACAAUAUGGAUAGGGUUAUACAAACAGAGGAAAUAUAAUGGCCAUUAUAAAUGUAGUGGAAUUAUAGGUAAAUUGUAUGAGUUAAAGAUCCUGCCUUUUGCAGCUCAGCACUGCAGGAUAUUAUACUCAAGAAACCAUGCAUGUCUACAUGUAAUUAUUGCACACAUGGAGAAUACUAUAUGGACAUUAUUAUGUAUGUCUGGAAUGGGAAAUGUAUCAGGUGACAAUGUUAUAUAAUAUGUGUUUCUGAAAAUGUAUAACUUGAUGCAGCCGUGUAUAAGCGUUUUGCUUGUAUUAAGUGGUUUGUUGGUUGGAUUUGGAAAACUGACAAUAAUUAUACAAACUUCAAUAAGCUAAAGCUUUUCAGGUUAUUUAUCAUCAAUUACGUAAUAGAUAUACAUUGAAUAUGCAGUUAAAAAAUCAAUGAUAUGAUUCUUGAAAAAGGUGUGAGCUAUUCCAAUCGGAAUGAAUUUCUACAAAUUAUGUGAUGUCAAAAAAUGCUCAUAUAAGUAACCGAAGAGUUGUGUUUCUGUGG